AUAUGAAAAGUUAAGGGACAACUGUCAUAUGUUAAAAUGGGAAUUGCGAUGUCGAUAAGAAAGAAGUGCUGCUUUUUACGGCUGAUUUCAUUCCAACAGGAGUACUACACUAUCCUCACUUGGUUUAUGUUUAUUUCUUGUAAGUAAUGAUUCUUAUAUCUCUACACAUACAUGUUACCUCUUCUCCAGUUAUUUAGGAUAUUCAUCAGAUAGGCAGUUAUCACUGGACUUAGUCAAUGUGGGUCGACAGCGUCUUGAUUUCCUGCCCAUGCUGGAGCAUUCUGGCACUUACAAGGAAUCAGCAGUACAUUGUGGGACGUUUGCCCAAGAAAUCAUCACACUUGUACAUCAGGUUAAAGAAAAUUAUUUUAGUGGCCAAGACAUCCCACUCAAUGAACGCUUUGCAAAUGAACAGUAUUAUUCAAUCCCUGAUGAGAUUAAAGAAGAAGAAGAAUAUGAAGAUGAGCUGGAAAUGGAAAACUUGAGAGCACUCAUGAAUAGGCCACAAAGAAUGCCCUCUUCAGGAGCUCUGGAUCCACUUCAGAGACAACAGCCAGUCCCUGACCCUGGUGACCUCAGGUAUGACUUGGAGCGAAGACGACAGCAGAAACUGGAGGCUGUGAAGAUCACCAUUGCUGGCGCAAACUUUACUCAGAUGCCUUCUGAGAGUCAAGAGAGCGAGCCUCCCUAUAUGAAUGACCUUCUUGAAGAGCCGGAUGAAAACUUCAGGUGGUCUGAACAAGAACAUGAGCAGCAAAGGCAGUGGGAUGCCCCACGUCAAAGAAUGCCAGAGCCAACCCGACAGAACAUUUUCAAUAACGAUGCUCCACGUCAAAGAAUGCCAGCAGCUACCAGACAGAACGUUUUUAAUAAUGGUUCACGUCAAAGAAAACCAGAACAUCCCAGACAGAACUUCUACCCGAGGGGCAACCGUACGGGCAGACAGCGUGGAAGGAGGAAUUGAAGUUGCUUUAGAAAAGGUGGCACUUUGAGGAGAAAGUGAACAUUUCAAACCUGAGGUCACACGCACACUACAUGCUUUCACUGUUUCUGUGUUUACAUUAGAACCACUAAGACCAUAAAUCAUUUAUUGUGCGUCAGAUUCCUUUAUUGCUUUUCACUGAUAUUACGCUUGUGUAAUCUUUCUCAUCCAUGUCUGAUUGACCCACUGCCAUUUUGUCAAAUCUGAAAGAAAGCUGUUUUAAAUGAACAGCUUAUAAAGAAAGAUUAAAAAGUUUAAAGUGGAAGAACUCUUUGGGCAAAUAUCGUUUUAUCACCCUCAAGCAUUAAUGUUCAUCAUUGUCUAUGGAGAGAUUAGUUUUUGGUUUAAUAUUCCACAUUUUGACAUCAGGCACAGUUGAAAUUUUAUUUCAAAUUUAAAUGGCCCCUUCAUAGCAGUUCACACCAGUUAGAUUUGCUUUUAUACUAAAAUAGAUUUUUUUUUUGUAUCUGCCUAUAUAAUUUGAAAUUUCAUAUUCUCUGUAUUCUGCUGUGUAAACUCCAAGUAGAAAUUCUUGUGUAAAUAAAAAAAAAAUUAUUUGUGCCAAUGUUUUCAAA